AUGUCCUUCUAUCAGCACUGCUAUGAUUCGGACACAGCUGAUGUUACACCCUGUGCAGCCCCAUACCUGUCAAAUAUAAACUCAUCUCAGGUGGACAAAGUGGUUGCAGCGCACCUGUGCCCGCAAAAUGCCACCACCUUGUGGGAUCGCCUGGCCCUCCCCUCCAAGGCCUGUGUAAAAUCCACCACUGAACUUGCAGCUGCAACAGUUAGUCCAGAUUAUGACUGUGGACUGAAUGAUGACACGUUCAUCUGCACUGGUGCUCAGUACCGCAUGUACUGCAACACAAGUCUGCAUGAUUUCUACUACAGCAGAUAUGAGCACCAAUGCUGGAGUAAUGACUGUGACUGCCGUGGUAAUAAGAACACCUGUACAUGCUACUACAGAGCAUCCUCCUGCUUCUGCCAGGACAGUAGCUCUACCCAAACUCUCAGUCGCACUUAUACAGGUCUGAAAAUCAUACUGCUGAAAGACUACACGGAUGAUGCACUGAUGGAAAUACUGAAUUUGGUGGCGGUGAUCGUGGGGCUGGUGUUCCUCAGUUUGGCCCUGUUGACGUUCGCUUUUUGUUGGUGGAGUCCUGGAGUGAACAAUGUGGCUCGAAUCAACAUCUGCUUGAGUCUGCUGUUGGCUCAUCUUCUGUUCUUACUCACACAACAGUUCCUGAAAUACAUACAACCUAACCAGGUGUUGUGUACUGUGAUAUCAGGCGUUCUGCACUUCCUCUUUCUCUCCUCCUUUGUGUGGAUGCUCAUUGAAGGUGUGCUGCUUUUCAUCUGUGUGAAGAGCCUAUCACAGAUCAGCUCCAAACAGAGGGAGGUGCUUAGCAGUGGAUUCAUGAUUGUGAUUGGAUAUGUGACUGCUCUGGUGGGUGUGUCAGUUGGGCUGGUUCCUGAAGGCCUUGGCAGUGAAAAAUGUUGGAUUAAAAGGAAGGAAGUCUUCAUCUGGAGUUUUCUGGGACCUCUUUGUGUCAUUCUAGCAUUAAAUAUGAUUCUCUUCAUCAGCAUCAUCGUCAGUCUGAACUCAACUCUCACAAAACUGAACGCUGGAGUUUCACAGAUGAAACAAACCAAGAUUAUGGUAUUUAAAACACUGGCCCAGAUUGUAGUUCUCGGUUGCCCCUGGAUUCUGGGUGUCUUCACUAAUAGCAGUAAAGUGUUGGAGAUUCUCUUCCUGAUCUUGAACUCUCAGCAAGGAACCUUCAUCUUCCUGAUCCACUGUGUCCUCAAUAAUGAGAUCCGGCAGCAGUAUGUGGAGCGGUUGAGCGCUAUUGUCCCGGGACUCAAACCCAGAACCAUCAAAAGUGCCCCCCAAAGUUCAUUGAGCACUUCAGUGUCCAUGUACCAGAGAAUGAGAAACACAGAAGAGCCCUUAAUAUAAAAGUGAUUCUAGUCUCAGAUACACAUUAUAACAUUCAAUACACAACUUACACACACGUUUUAUUUUACAGCUUUAUAUUUUAAAUAGUUAUCUAUUAAUACUUCCUGUUUUUUCAUUUAUUUAUUUUUUCUUGGUGUAGGGAUUGCAUAAUCAUGUGUAACCGGUUGAUUUAGGCUUUUUCUUG